AUGGCAAUGGGUCAGUCGCUGGCAUCACGGCCGCUGCUCCGGCUCGCGGGUCGUCAAUCCCGCAACUGCCAGCAGCUGUCUCUACGUCAAUUCCACCAACUGCGAUCCUCUAGGCCAUCAAUUGCUUCUACCAGAUCAACCGCCUCCUCCGCUACUCGCUGGACAGCCACACGCUCUGCCUCAACCGGCGCGGCAGCGGCAGCAGACGCACGGUCUGGCAUCACGCGAGUCAAGAACCUGGUGCUUGGGACAACAAUCCUACUCUUCUCAACCGCCGGAUUCUACUACUUCACCGACACUCGGGCGAGCGUACACCAAUGGCUCGUGCCGCGCAUAAUCCGCACGGUCCUGCCCGACGCCGAAGAUGCGCACGAAUACGGCAACAAGUUGAUGAAAGCCAUGUGGGACUUUGGCGUACACAUCCGGGAGCGCGCCAGCCCUGACAAUACCGGCGAGCUCAAGACUGAGAUCUUCGGACACACGAUUUCCAACCCCAUUGGCACCUCCGCCGGUCUUGACAAGAACGCAGACAUCCCCGACGCCCUCUUCGCUCUGGGCGCCGGCAUUGUCGAAGUCGGCGGAACCACCCCCAAACCUCAACCCGGAAACCCAUCUCCACGCCUCUUCCGCAUCGUGUCCCAACACGCUCUCAUCAACCGGUACGGCCUCAACUCUCUGGGCGCCGACGAAAUGGCACGGCGUCUACGCCAACGCGUCCGGGAAUACGCAUACAAGCACGGUCUCGGCGCCGACGAAGAAGCCGAGCGUCUCGUCCUCAACGGCGCCGCGGGCGUCCCGCCCGGCUCCUUGACCGCCGGUCGACUCAUGGCGGUGCAAGUCGCCAAAAACAAGACCACGCCCGACGAGGACAUUGAAGCCGUCAAAGCCGACUACGUGUAUUGCGUGGACCGGCUGGCCAAAUACGCCGACAUCAUCGUGGUGAAUGUAUCCAGCCCCAACACGCCCGGCCUGCGCACCCUGCAGCGCGUCGAGCCUCUGACCAAGAUCCUCACAGGGGUAGUCAACUCCGCCAGAGCCGCCGACCGCGCCACCAAGCCCGCCGUCAUGGUCAAAGUCAGCCCGGACGAAGACUCGGCCGAGCAAAUCAGCGGCAUCUGCGAAGCCAUCUACGCCGCCGGCGUCGACGGCGUCAUUGUCGCCAACACCACCAAGGCUCGUCCCGCCGCGCUUCCUACCGGUUACGCUCUCCCCGCCAAAGAACAGGAAACCAUGAAAGAACAAGGCGGAUAUUCUGGGCCCCAGCUCUUUGAGAAGUCCUUGGCCCUUGUCAAAGCGUACCGACGCGCCCUCGACGACCAUCCCGCCAAGGAUGAGAAAGCAGCCAGCAAAGUCAUUUUCUCGUCCGGCGGUCUGACUAACGGCCAGCAGGCGCGCGAGUUGCUCAAUGCCGGCGCCAGUGCCGCCAUGUUGUAUACCGCCUUGGUGUUUGGCGGUGCGGGCACGAUUACUCGGAUCAAGAAGGAGCUGGUGGAGCAGAAGCAGGAAAAGUAG